GGCCCUCAAAAAUCCUGUGCACGCGUCCUGAUCAGCAAAAUCACCUCACAGUGACACAUUUAUAACUGCUGUUGGUUUCGAUUAAGUUUCUUUUUCUGUGAAAUAAAUAACUCAGCUUUUUCGUGGUUUUCUGAGGAAAGGAAACCGAUGAAAAUAUGUUUUUUUUUUUAAUUCGGGGAAUUUCUUGAGAGCAACAACAUUACAAGCUAUUCGUUUAGAUUUUUAGUAUGUAAAGGAAACGGUUACUUAAUUGCUUUUAAAAAUGUAAAGUUUAAGUCUGUUCAGUUUUCAAUUCCUGCCUGUGUUUCCUCUUUAUCUGUAUCUGCCAGGAUGUCAGACAAUACCGUUCUCCGAGCAGAAGCCCCGCCCCCUCGAGCUCGUGCUCGUUGUCGCGCGGCUAAAAUGUAACUAAGCGUGGAGGUGUGAGGAGAAAACUCCAGCUUCAUCAUGCAAAUCCGCAGCUGAGAGCCGGGCGGGGCAGCAGAGGGGAUAUGAUUCAUCUGAGGUAGAACAGACCAACAGACCCGGACAGUUUCUCUUCCUCUGAAAUGAAAGCUGGAGUCCAUCAGCUCACCUGAGGAGCUUCCUGAUCAUGAACUCACAGAACAUCCCAGCUGAUCUCACAUCUGGACCACCUGCCUCACUGAGAGAUGGCUGCUGACAAAAUCAUUGUGUUCUUUGACCUGGAGACUACUGGACUGGACACUGCAGUGUGUGACAUCAUCCAGGUGGGGGCCGUCUGUGAGGAGCAGGUCUUUAACGUCUACACCCUCCCGAGCUGCGCCCUCACCCGGAGCGCCAAACAAGUCACCGGCUUCAACGUCACCCCUGAAGGCCUUUUUCUCCGAGGGCGGCGUAAACAAACCACUCCGCUUCUCGAUGCUCUCAAAGCCUUCCUCAACUUCCUGCGCUCCUUUCGUCGGCCUGUGCUCCUGGCCGCCCACAACGCCAGGCGCUUUGACGCCCCCGUGCUCACCAGAGUUCUGCAGCAGCACUCCCUCCUGCAGGAGUUCCAGCAGGUGGUGACUGACUUUCUGGAUACUUUCUUGCUCAGCAAGAAUCUGUUCCCGAAUCUGACCAGUUACUCCCAGGAGAAUCUGGUCCAGUUUUUUCUAAGGCAGUUCUACAACGCUCAUGACGCCGUGGAGGACGCCAAAAUGCUGCAGAAGCUGUACAACGCAUGGAAACCUCCCCCGUCAAAAGUUUGGAGAAGCACUUUCAAGGCAACCAGAGUCUAUUGAAAUAAAAUAAAUUACUAUAAAACCAUAAAAAACUAAAAGAAAAAAAUAGAGCUGAUUUGUAAGAAAUUAUUUGAAAGUGAACCCCUAGUUUACAAAUGUGUGGGAAUAAAAAAAAUGCAAUUUGUAGUUGAAACUAUCCUUUAGACAGAUGUGUCAUUUUAACAUGUGCCAUAACUUAGUAAAGCUUUCUUCUAUUGCUCUAUAAUCACUUUACCAUAGACUUGUAAACUUCUGUUAUGCCAAUAAAGUUCAAAAUAUUUUGAA